GCGCUUCCUUCCCAAUUUGAUGCGCAUCUCCGUUUCUAGUUUUCAAUAGUGCGUUUGGUACAUCACAGAAAUGUCAGAUUUCGUUCACAAUAUUGAUCUUGUUCCAGCAGCUGCUGUACCGGAUCGUUCGACUAUGACCCGCAAAGACUGUAGAUGAAGAGAAGCAGAAAAAACCAAGUCAACGUGUAAAAUGACAGUGUAAGGCUGAGAAGAUCGUGACCGCCCGAGGCUACUUUACGUUCUAGUUUUCGUCAGCCAUUUCAUGUCGCAUAUAUUAGCUUCGCGGCACAGCAUGCAGUGUUACACUCCUGGCCUCGAAGUCACUGGACUGUGCCGCUGUGCCGGGCCUUUCAUAUUGUCGCCAUUACUGUCCAUCCCGUCUAAAGAUAUUCCUAAAUCACUCUAUUGAGAUGAGAUCAGUACCUAAAUUGCGAUUUCGAAUCCCAUGAGUGUAAUAAGAAGCUUGUAGAGGUGGAGGGCAUUUAGCGCAGGCCACGAAGAAUUUCUGCACCUAAGAGGAAGGUGUGAAAGCCCCCUGAAAGAUCUUAAAUUUAUACACUUGCUUUCAACCACACGCGAAGGAAUCCCAAGCACAUGGAAUCUCUGUUAUUGGUCAACAGGGUUCAUAUCCAGGCUACCAUAGCACAAGUAAAUUCCCAGCUAUGGGAGAUAAUGGGCAUCAGAUGAUGCCCCUGCCAUGAGUCAAAUUUACCGGAUGGAUGGUAAGCUGGCAUCUUGCGAAAGAGUUCGAUUGUCCGGGACAUCCUCCGUAAAGUUGGAGAGACAUGUAGGCGGUACGUAUAUAUAAGUGGUAAAGCCACUUCAAAGUGAUCAGCAACUCCUGGCAUCAUCUCUUGGUAGUAAUGAUGACGAAAUUCAGGCAGGCCUCUUUUGGCACUCGCCGAAAUCUUCGAUCCAUCCUAACGUGCAGUCUUCUACUGUUCGCCUCUACCCACGCAGCCAGUGAUGCAAGCCCAACAUCAGCAGCCCCCAGCACCAUCGCUUUCUCCUCAGCCGUUCAGCUGGAAUCAUCUCUUGCAUGGCAGGCGAGGCAGAUCGUAAAUAAGCCGGUACUUCCUCUGCCAAAGAAUAUCACAGAUUUCCCAGAGUAUGAGGCUGUCGCUAAAAUCGCGCCUCGAUUGCCUCUAAUUCAGGAUGGGAUUGUAUUCCCUGAGGCGGAGGACAUGAUCGCAAACUUGGUUGCAACUACAAAUGCGACUGGGCCAAGCAUUGCCGGUCGAGACCGCCGACAAUCGGGCCUUAGGGUGAUGGUCGUUGGUGAUUCAAUGACUCAUGGUCAACAAGGUGACUAUACUUGGCGAUACCGAAUCUGGCAAUUCUUCAGGAAUAAUGGCAUUGAUGUUCAAUUUGUCGGGCCAUACAAGGGCACAAUGCAACCAAUGGAGCCCUUACCUCCACAGCCGCCGCCUCUUUACGGCCAGCAAGCCCCUGAUCCUGGCCCUCAAACGAGCGGAGGAUACGCUGCUGACGUUGAUCCUGCAUUUUUGUCGAACAGUAACCAUUUCGCGGUCUGGGGUAUAGCCGUAGCUGUGGACAAAGGCCUAAUUCAAGGCGUUCUUCAAGCUAACCCCGCAGAUCUCAUUCUCUUCAUGCUUGGCUUCAACGACCUGGGCUGGUUCUAUAGCGAUGCCGACGGAACCAUGAACAGCGUUGAGACUUUCAUCAACAAUGCCCGGGCUGCAAACCCAAACAUCAAGAUUGCCCUUGCUAAUAUACCGCAACGUAGUUUUAUCAAUGGCAGACAAGACCUUAUUGACAGCACCACCAAGUACAACAACGAUCUAUCUGGAAACAUCGCAAAAUGGAACACCGCUCAGUCACCUAUCCGUCUGGUACAUCUUGAGGAAACAUAUGAUUGCCACCCCAGGAGCUGUCCAGCAGGGUAUGACGGACUGCACCCAAAUGCCUGGGGCGAAUUCCAAAUCGCGAAUGCUUUCUCCGAAACGCUUGUCAAUGAUUUCGGGAUUGGUAACACUGUACUUGCUGUCCCUGCACAAGAUGAUGGAAGUCUGGCUCGCCCACUACCAGGAAUUACCAAUCUCCAGAUCUUUUCUUCUCCACAGGGUGUCACUGCCACCUGGGAUCCUGUGUACGGUGCAUACAGCUACGAUGUCGAAGUUCUCAUCAAUGGAGGCGUACCAUUCUUUCAAUUCUCUCCAACAUCUGUAGCUACAAACCGUUGGGACUGUCAGUGGUCAAACCCUGGAUGGACUUAUACCAUUUCCGUACGUCCUCGUGCGGGCCCUACUCGACAAGGUGACUUCUCUGGGCAAGUAACGGGAACUUCCACUCCAGAGCUCGCCGAUCCGCCUCAAAAUGUCGUUGUAGAGCCUACUGGAGAUGGGUUUACCGUUACGUGGGAUCCCCCAACAGGCCCCAAUGCAGACUCGAUUGUCGAGUAUAACAUCAUCUACUGGAAUACAGAACCCGAAGACUGUGAGUUCAUUUCCGGAGCAGCUUUUACAAGCUCGCCGGCAGUAAUUACCGGCCUGAAACAAGGCAGGAACUAUUUGGUUGCACCUGUCACCUGGAAUAAGAACGGUCAAGGACUACCAUUCAUUGCCAACCAUGUGAUCCCCGGUGCGGGCCAACCCCCAUCUCCAGGAGCACUAUCCAUCAAUGCCAAUGAUCCAACCACUGCCCACAUGACCUGGACAGGUACCGACUCUACCGGAGGCUAUCACGUAUGGGCUCGAAACGUCAACCAGGCAGGCAGUCAAUGGAGCAUAGCCGCCAACGUCACUGCUUCUUGUGCUGACGUAUAUUUUCUGUUUCCAGGAAUCUGGAACUUCGAAUUUGCCGCUACAUCGUUUAAUGGCAAUCAGGAAUCUCCACAAGGCCCGGCCGUCCUUGCUCCUUCUCCCGCCAGCGGAGUAACCCAAGGGAGCACAGGGCCCACUUGUGCCCCUGAACCUCAAUGGUGUCCUGGAUUCAAUGACCCUGGCAAUCCUACGGGAGGCGAUGGCGGCAGUCCUCCAGUCACUUUCCCACCUGGCAAUGGACCUACGACAGAGACUCUGACCGAUGCAAAUGGCUCGCCAAUCACGAUAACACUCGCUCCAGGCCAAACACCCGUGACCGGUCCUACCACCAUAACAACCAAUGGACAGACGAUCACUGUUGCUCCUGUUCAAACUAGCGGCCCUACAAGUAAUGUACAGACUGUGACACAACCCGAUGGAUCUACCGUCACUUUGACUUUGCCUCCAGGCUCGACUAUCACAGGUAUCGAGACAAUCACAACUGGCGGAUCCACCAUUACUGUUGGCCCUACACCCCGCGAGACCGGUACUGUGACAUCUACAAUGACCACAAUCCCCGCUGGGGUGUCCCUUCAGGAUUUCACUGACUUCCCAAUAACAUCGAAUAUCUGGAUCACAACGACCGGUGCAGACUCAUCCACAACGAUUGUUCCAGUUAUUUUACCGUGCCAAACCUGCGAGCCGGUAAUCGUGUGGGAUACACCUGAGAUCCCCUGGGUACAGUUCCGUUGGUGGCCAAAAUUUCCAGAACUUCCAACGUUCCACCUACCCUGUAUCAAAAUCUUCGGUGUUGUGGUUUCAGGACAGUGUCCAUCGCCUUCAGGUCCAACUCCUGUGAACGAUGACCCGCCUCAAAAUCCCCGCCCUUCGGGAUCGCCUGAACCAGACCCCAAUGAUCCAAACGAUCCCGACGAACCCGAAGAUGAUCCAUGCGAGUUGAAGACAGAUACUGGAAUGUGUGACAAUGGUAACUAUCCUGUCUUUGAUCCAGCUUCUGGAACCAUGAGCUGUGACGCUGGCAAACAACCAGGCCAGUGCCAGCGAAAUGUUGACAGCCAUAUGGAUUCCAUCAAAGACUACAUACAGAACGAGAAGUCAUGUUGCCCGGCAGGGAAAAAACGUGGUAUGAUGUCUUCUAUUCUUCAUCGCGGUCUAAACACUCUGGGAAUCAACAUGGAUAAGCGUGCGGAUUUCUGUCCCGCUCCAAAUCAAAAUCCAAAACAGCCGCCACAGGGCCAAUGUUACGCCACGUACACAUGCCCGCACCUUCUCUUCCCCAAUGUCUGUGGGAAUGCAAAGUCAGCUAUCGACGUUCGUGGAGCGACCUCAGUCUUGACUCAUGUUACCGGAUCAAAGUUGCACGAUACAGAGCCUUGGUACGAAGGACACUAUUUCUCGGGCACUGAUGACGAUCCACCGGCAGGUUGGAAACUUGACAAAUGCCAGGUGGAAGAAUAUCCUUUUGGCUCUGGCAAUCCAAAUCGCAAUGCAGAUGGCUCAUCAGUACUUCGACUCAUUCCUGGAGGAGCAUUUGGAGAUGGACUUGAGAACCAGAACGCCGGAUCUCACCUUAGAAACUGGGUUGGUUCCGUCGCUGCGAGAUACAACGCGUAUCAAGAAGAACAAACAGGACGAAACCCCAGAAUCGGUCCAAAUGGUAUCGUUUACUGUGUAGAUUUUGAUUCCAGCUUUACAGGCUACCUCCCCGAAGACCAGGUAAACGACAACUUUUGCGCCUCAGUCUAUGGUCCAGAGUUCACUCUGGUAAAUGACUACUGGGUCAAUGGUGUCCGCACGUGGGAUCCUUGGUUCGAUGUUCCAAACACCAAUCGAAAAACGCCUGAAACAAUGUACUAUGUGGACCCUGACGGAGACAUUGUCGUUGAGAAUCCCUCAGAGAAUGACUAUGCCGUCUACGCAACUGUCCCCUCGACAUAUUGCCAUUAUCCAUCUCCUGGUAGGCAUGAGUGGGAUGGCUCGCAGUGGAACUUGGCUGCUGGCUACCAAGCAGUUGGGAGAAUGGAUGACAUGGUUCUAGAGCAACAGUGUACUGAUCCUCCUCCCGGAUUUGCUGCUUCUCGUAAACGUGAAGUUGAAGCAAGCGUUAACGUAACACGUGCGCAUCCACGAGAUAUCAAAGGCCGACAGUCAUCGGGAGGGUUCCUCGACGCCAACGUCUACAAAUACAUGGGCUGUGCUGGUGACGAGAAUGGUGACACGACCGAUGGUGAGGGAGUUGAUCCCUGCGCAGACGACAGUAAUCCCUGCCCCAACGUCUUCAGCAGGUACCCAACGACCAAUGGUGGAAGCACUACUCAAGUAGCCAUUCCCCCUUCAAAUGGAGGAGGUGUCAGUACCGGACCUAUCACACAUACACCAACGGCGAGGCUGACAACAACGUCAUCGACCACUGCCCCGUCAGAGCCAACUCCAACUCUGGUCGACCACACCAUCUACAUCGAGUACUCUCUCCUCUGUAUAGGCGAAGGAUGCUCUGCCGAAUGGACCGUCUACCAGGGUCCACCUGAUCCUGACUACGACACUACCAACAUCUGCGACAGAGACGAUUAUCAGCAUGAAGAUGAUUGGUUCGUCAAAGAUGGAAAUGUUGUGGACGGAGACCCACCAAAGGACCUCAACGGCAUCAACACCUUCGACAAUAACGGCUGUAACUUCCAUCUUGAUUUGACCAUUGAUGAGUACCGCAACGCAGAUGAAGGGGCUCAUGUGGGAACCAUGAAGUGUCCCGAUCGGACGGUCGAUUGCAUCAAUCCUCCAAAGGACGAUGAUAAACGGCAUACUGUGUGCAGUGGUGAUUCAGCUUUAUGGUGGACAGUUACCUGCUCUUGGAAGCAGUAA